GUCAACAAUGUCCCACGACCCCCAUUAGCCAAUCAGAUCACCUCUAGGGGGGUCCCGGCAUGUAAUGUGAUGUACUGUGCUGUAACUUAUCCAUGCAUGUGUUCCCCAGGUAAGAAGAAGAUGUCCCUGUACGACAGCCAGGCCCCAGUCUGCCCCAUCUGCCAGGUGCUGCUCAGACCGGGAGAGCUGCAGGAGCACAUGGACACAGAGAUGGAGAGGCUGGCCGGCAUGUGCUUCAGUAAAAACCCAUCUUCUAAGGACGGCUCUGCGACUCCAGGGACCCCCAAGUCGUUGCUGUUGUCGGUCCACAUCAAGCGUGAGGGAGAGUCCCCGGUGGUCUCACCCAUGUCCUCAGAAGACGCCCACCACUCCGACAGAUACCAGACGUUUUUACGAGUGCGGGCUAAUAGGCAAACAAGACUGAAUGCCCGUAUAGGAAAGAUGAAGAGGAGGAAGCCAGAGGAAGGGGGACAGGUAUGUCCGCUGUGCAGCGUGCCAUUGGCUGGGAGCGAGGAGGAGAUGAGUAGACAUGUGGAACAAUGCCUUAUCCAGCGCGAGGGCGCGUUCGGCGACGACGACUCUGCCGAUGGCGAGAAUGGGCGGGGCUUCGAGGAGUACGAGUGGGCGGGGCAAAAGAGGAUCCGAGCCACCGCGCUGCUGGAGGGAGGCUUCAGAGGGACGGGCUUCGUGGUGUGCGGCACCAAGGAGAGUGCGGCGGACAGCGACGGCGACCUGGACGUGGACGGAGACGACACGCUGGAGUACGGCAAGGCCCAGUACACCGAGGCCGACGUCAUCCCCUGCUCCGGGGCCGGCGAGGACCAGGGCGAGGCCCGCGAGAGGGAGGCGCUGAGGGGCGCCGUGCUCAACGGUGGGAUGCCUACUACCAGAAUAACGCCAGAGUUCUCCAAAUGGGCCAGCGACGAGAUGCCGUCGACGAGCAACGGUGAGAGCAGCAAGGCAGACCCCAACGCACCCUCCUCUUCCUCCUGCUCCUCAUCCACGUCCUCCUCGGUGCCGCGAACCUGUAAAAACAGCGAGAUCGAAAAGGUAACGGAGGACUCCACAGCCACCACGCUGGAGGCCCUGAAGGCUCGCAUCAGAGAGCUGGAGAAGCAGAUCCUCAGGGGAGACCGCUACAAGUGUCUCAUCUGCAUGAGGAAGCCUGCUAUCCAAUCAGGCGCUGAGAACAAGAGCCUAGGGGUGUGGCCAGGGCCCCGGCCGCCGGCCAAUCAGGUCGGGGGGAGGCAGCAGCCUAAAUCCCUCCCCCUGGGCCUGUACUGUCUGUAUAGGGGCGUUGUGAUUGGAGGCUACAGCAGCGGCAUUAAGAGGCACCUCCCACAACCUCUACGGAGGGACUCCUAUACGAUGCCCCUCACCUCUAUCCAGUGCUGGCAUGUCCACUGUGAAGAAUGUUGGCUAAGGACACUGGGAAACAAGAAGCUGUGCCCACAAUGCAACACCAUCACUUCUCCUGGUGACCUGAGGCGUGUCUACUUGUGAAAGAGACGUCCGGUCCUCCUUUACCCCACAGCGCUCCUCCUCCUCUUCAUCCUCGCUCUUCAUCAGUAUCAUCCGCCAUCUUUGAUUUACUCCCCAUCCUGCAUCCGCCGGGACCCUGGCGGUGAUGACAUCAUCAACCAUGGAUUCCCUCAUUGCAAUGUCAUAGUGAUGUCAUUCAGGCCCUUGUCUGCCGGCGGGGGAGCGGACUGUGCACUUCUGAGCGUGCUCAGAGGAGAUGAGAUGAUUGGACAUCUCAGAGACUCCAUUUACUCUUUAACCCCCGUGCCCCCCCCCUUAGGAGACCCGCCCACUUAAAGACUAGCCAAUCACAGAAGUACUACAAAUGACAUAAGAAGAUGAAAAUAUGCUAAAAAAAAAGCUGAUCCGGAUAACUGACAGUAUUGUUCCAGUCUCCGAAUGUGACCUUCGACCUCCACACGCAGGGCACAUUAAACUGCCUUUCUGAAGGACAGUUUUAACCCAGAGUGGUUUCGGUUCACCAUUUACUUGUAGACACCCAAAAUACAAGACACGUUACGCCUUUUUUCUUGUGUCCAUCAUUGACCCUGUCUUCACGGUAUCAUCAACCCAAUCGGAGGAGCCGCAAUCGAACAAUUUAAUUCACCGCAGCGUUUUGUUGGGUUUAUUUUUCCCCAUUUUGUUUGUGUGCGGUUGACACUUUAGCGGUGCUGGACAAACAGACUUCUGGACCUUUCUCUCCUCUGUGACUGGACGACCGAUAAGACAGACAUUUUGCUUCUCAUUUGUUUGAGCUCGGGCGGAGAGAAGAUGGCCGACUUCCUGUAAAAAGGACAGAUGAAAGAAGGGAGGAAAACAUUAAAAAAACGAAUCUGACCUUUUGAAAAAAACCAAACGGGGAAAAGCCUUAACAAGCGGUUUAAAGUGCUCCUUCGUUCUCUCCCCUCCUCCUAACUUCCUUCUAUCUAUUUCUUUCUUUUCUUUCUUCUUUUGUGGUGUUCUAGUGAAGUCAACCAAAUUUUCCAAUGAUGCAGUUCAAGCACAUGUAUUAUAUACGUCUAUGUAUGUUUACAAUGUUGGGUGUAAACAUAGAAUUCCCACACGUACACAUACACCCACACACACACACAUGCACGAAAAUACAAAACACCUGCAAACAGUCACAAAGCCUCGAUGAAAAAACAGACACAAACACAGAAAAAAAAAAAAAGUAUAUAUCGAAUUCCUGUUUUUAGUUUGAGUUUUGGGGGACGGGAAUGACGUUUUUGCUGGGAAAAAAAUGGCUGAAAUAAAAAAAAUAAGCCUUCUGUAUUUUUUAAAAAAACAAGAUGUUGUCUCCAGGUUAAAAGUUGUAUUUCACUGUACAGAAAUCGAGAGAGAAAAAAAGACUUAAUAAUAAACUACUCAAGACUAGGCGUUCAAGAUUUAGAUGGUGUACAUUUUUUUUCAUGGAACUACAUUGUACCCUUAAACUGUAGAUUUAAACAUAAAGUAAAAUAAAUCUUUGUUUGGUUUAUCUUAGUUUGAUUUGAUUCACAGAAUAUUAGGGUUUCUGUUUCCCUAGAUUUAAACAAGUGCUGAAAAAUGGGUUGGGUGCUCUUAAAAAGUUAAAAUUCAGCUAAGCAGCAAUGUUUAAAUUCACCUCAUUCACGAAUACCGCUAACCUCCAUUCACGCUUUCUCAGUUUGAACUACAGGCUUGGAUCAUAAUCAAGAUAACUUUUCUUUUUCUUAUUUACUUGCUUUUGUCCCUUUUACCUGUUUCCAGAGCGAUCGUUUGGUCCUCAUUGUUCUCAUAAUGGCCACAUGCAAAUUAAAAAAGAAAUACAAUAAAAAAAAUAAUAAUUAAAGUUUCGAAACUGGCAACCCAUGAGUGGCAGGUUAUUUUCUAAGGCUUAAAUGGGGGAUGGCUGAGGCCAGACUGGCAACCUUCAGAUACACACCGAGACCGUUUUUCGCGCCCCUCUACAGCAGCAGCAGCAAGCAAGGUGGUGGUGUGCUUUGUGUUUGUAAAACUAUGUAUUCUGUGAUGUCUGUAUUGUUGUAAGAAAUGAUGAAAAAAAUAAAUCUUCUCAAAUACCGUAA